GUCGUGCUGGUGCUGGACGUGACCCGUCUGUACGCGUGUCUCCCGGUGUCCUGGGAGAACCUGACGGUGACGUGUGCGUCUCUCGCCGCGCUGCUCACGCUCACUGCAUCUAUCCUGUAUCCCGUGUUCUUUGUGCGCGCGGAUGACUGUCCGUACAACAACUGCGAGGUCAGAAACUUCCGGAUCGCGGUGAGCGUGUGCUCGUGGGCGGCGUGCGUCGCAUACGGGACGGAGGUCUUCCUGUCGCGG